AUGAUAUUCAAGGCUAGUAUCAUAAAGGCAGAAAACCAUAGUGUUUGGAGGAGGGCCGUUCAAAUGUUGAGCACAUUGCAUGAGGAUAUCAAGCUCACAAUAACAAGUAGUGAGCUAAUAGUAUGGUCCAUGAAUAGCGCAGAUACUUCAAUGAGCCAAAUACGCUUCAAGCGCAACUUCUUCGAUGAGUAUGAGUUUCAGCCUGAAAACACUGUUUUCGGAGAAGAUGGGCUGCAACAAGUCGAGGAUAGAGCUCUCGUGGUUCAUAAGCUCUAUUCAUUCAAGACGAAUGGGAAGCAUUUGUCAGUUCUAUUCCGCAAGCCUGAGAAUGAUAAUAUCAAAAGUCUCGAACUGGCAAUUCAUAACGGGGCGGCAUGCCCCGAAUCUCUAGCAAAUAAGUUGCAGAUCACGAUACACACGGAGAAUCUGAUGUUGAAGGAGUACGUUCCUCACAUUAUACCUAUUAAAUAUGACCCUAUCGUGAUAAAUCUCAGGUACAAGAAAAGGUUUCUGGAGGUGUAUGGCAGCUCCUCAGAGACGCAAGAGGAACAGCUUGAUCCGCGGCUGCUCGAAAUAUUUCGGAAGUUCGAUCGAGAGCUCUCAGAAUCAUAUUUCAACAAUGACAUUGUAUCAAAUACCAAAAGAAGCCGGGACUUGGUUCCUGAAGAUGAGAUCAACUAUUUGUGUUGCAAUAUCCAACUUUUAAAGAAUUUCAUCGACAGUUGCAACACAGGUGCUACUGAAGAAGUUAAGCUUGAAGUCUCCUUAUCGAAGCUAUGUUUGACGGCGUUCACGAGGGGAGUAUACAGCAAAAACAAUGACAUCCUGCGCAAUGCAAUGCGAGCAAGCAAUACAGUCGGGACAAGCGACCUAGAGCAUUACUGCCUAUUUACAACGACCGGGGACGACGACCAAAGAAGACCGCCUUCUAAAGUUGUUUCGUUUGGUAUGAAGGACUUCCGUAAUUUUAUCAAUACUGUGGCGUUCUGGAGGAACGAUCAGGAGAUACACAUGUGGUUCUGCCGGCCAGGAGACCCUGUUUUCCUGGAGCUGGAUAAAGACGAUCUGUGUCUUGAACUGGUGCAGGUCACCAGCAGUAAUGAAGAUUUAGUGCCAUCGGGGAACAAAAUUAAGACCCAAACAACUAGUCCUCUAAAAGAAAUUGUUCAUAUUAAACUCGGCAGCCCGCGAAAGUCUCCGUUAAAGGGCCUCACGCCAAGUAAGACGCCGUCAUCAAAUGAAACGACUAGCCCCUUAAAGCCAAAGACUCUAUUUGUCAAAGAAAAGAGUUUUGAUGCUGAUCAACAAAGAUGGAAAAACCCUGUCCGCGGCAAGCGACUGCCUGACAGCCAAGAAGAAAUUCCCAAAAGCUUACAUCAUGCGCCCAACGAACCAGCAUUCAAAGCACAGCGCACGCAGACGACAAUAGAGUGGGGCCAAAGUGUACCCGAAUCCGCGAACGAUGCUGCCGCAACCGCCCUUGAUCAAAGGGAUCUCUUGAAGCAAGAGAAGAGGAAGUUCUUACAGAAUAUUAGAAAUGAGCGGGAGAAAGACGUCGAAAAAGACGAGCCUACUCAGGGUGUAGACGAGUUUGGCCCUACUCAAGUCGACAAACCAAAAGGUCUUUUCGAUUAA